GCUUUUCAGUUCUGGGCGCAGCCAGAAAAUGGAGAUAUAACGCAGCAGCGUUUGGCCCUUCCAUUCGGUUCAUGGUGGACGGGAGUUUCUCUGCAGCUUUCAGUUCACCUCUACACAUUCAACGGUAUCCAACGCUUCUCUUGUGAGGAUUUUAUUUUGAAAGUUUUAGCACGGGUGGGCGGUCGCGUGUGUGCGCUUUGGCGCUCCAACCAUUGCGCACAUCUGGAGAGCGGGUUCGAGCCGAGUUUGGAUCGAAACUUUCUCCAUCUCCCCGUGGUGAAUAAUAACUAUUGUAAUAAUAUGAGGUGUUCCGAUUCGGCCACACGCUCACCUAUUCUCACCUGACGUGUCGGAGUCACAGAAACAGAGACGUGAAGCCGCGACCUCUUGGCCACGGGGUGCCGUACACCGGACUUCGGUUUCAGCAUCUGGCCACCCUAAGGACUGAAACAUCUGCGGUGCCCGUACGUAAAGUGACUGUGACGCCAAUCCCGGAUGACCCCCCUCCUCUCCACCCUGAAUGACCCCACGCGAUCUCCGUGUAUCGCAGAACCGACAACCCGACGCGAAGAUGGCAACCGUUUGUCCUCGCGCGUGAAAUGAAUGUGGAAUAAUUAAGGUUGAGUGAGAGCACUGAAGUCCAUCAGACGGGAAUGAGUCAAACGAAGCUCUCCCAGGACGAGUUGCGUUCUCUCCCACCGAGAGCAGCUGGUUUACCCACAGCUUUGCCGAGGAGACGGUUUGUCAAACUGGGAGGGAAGACAAGUGAUGGAUCUCAGCAAUCAGCUACAUCUGCGGGAAGCUCCUCCACCAGCAGGUCGGCGGAGGUUGUGGCCGUCAAACAGCCUGGCAGGAGCCGCAUCCGUCACCAAACCAACCGCCUCUCGGGCGUCUUCCGCCGCGACCCUACCUCCAACUCGGGCUCCAUGCCGCUGGCAUCAGGAAUCCGGGCCACGCUGUCCAUCCAAUCCAAGAAGCAAAGCAUGUUCCCUGUAGAGGCUUUGCGAGCGGACGACCCGUCUGAGCUGUCCAAUCAGAUAACAGCUCCAGGGAUCCUGAAGAUCUUUGGAAACGAGAUCUGUGAGGGAGCUCACUAUAAGAGCGUUCUGGCCACCACGCACUCCAGCGGCAAAGAGCUCGUCAAAGAGGCCCUUGAACGGUAUGGCCUGGAUAAGGAGGAGGCAGAGUCCUAUGUUAUGUGCGACACCAUUGGCUCCACCAGAGACCAUCGGUGGAGGACGGAAGGGUUCCGAGUCGUGAGCGACAACGAGAAGCCCCUCAUCCUGCAGUCGCUAUGGAAACCCAAAAAGGGUCUGGCAAGGCGGUUUGAAAUCCAGAGGAGGAGCUUGAUAGAGGAGAAGACUUCCAACGACAAAGACACAGUUACUGCGGGUAUCAACGCCCAGGCUCGAAAGCUACAGAAGAGUCGCUCCAGAGUGACCUCCACUCUUAUAGAGAAUACUUCGAAACGAGGCCACAAACUGUGGAGGAGAAAAAGCGAGAUGGACCUCUUAGAUUUCGACACAGGGACAAAACAGGAAAGCGGUCGUGAUGAAUGCUGCAAGGAUCGAAGCAAGAGUCUGAAUCAAACUUCGCUCCAGAGCUCCGAGAGGCCGGAACAGAAUUGCAUUCAGAGCCCAGCAGUCUUUUCUGAGGGGAACAGCGGGUCGCAGCCCAAAACAGAGGGCCUCUGUCCGCCGACGCUGAGGGACGAGCGGGAAGGAGAGGAGUCGGAGGAGUCGGAGAGGGAGGCGACGGAGAGCAGCAACGAUAACACCAUACUGUACUCCAUUCACCCUCCCCACGACUGUCCGUACUUGCUGUCGCUGCAGGCCUUCAGCCCGGCACAGGACUUUGUCAUCUACCUACUCAUUGGGCCAAACAUUGCAUUUGGUCGGCAAAGCGACCAUGACAACUGCACAAAGCCGGACACCCUUCUCUUUGCCCCGGACAUUCUUCCUCGGCACUGCCAUUUCCAACGCCAUUGUGUCGGUGGCCCCACUGUGCUCCGGCCCUCUCCGAACGCCACUCUCACCAGGAAUGGCGAAGCUCUGAGAAAAGAAGUGCAGCUUAUGCCUGGAGACAUCAUUGGUAUGGGACAGAGCUACCUGUUUCUGUUCAAGGAUCCCUUGGCCUCGGCACACAAGGAAGAGGAUAAUGCUGCUCCUCAGUCUGGCAUGACUGCUGUCCCCUGGUUACUGGGUCAAACUUCUUCUGCCACUACAACGAGCCAUAUCAAAAGAACAGUGCUCUGCAACACUUGCAUCACAGGCUCCAGAGACCCCCAGAAAACCCGAAACAGACGCCUUUCCUUUUUAAAAUCCCCUGAGUGCCACAUCCCGACUCUGGUGUAUGAGAGCAAAGAUGAGGAGCGCAUUGUCAAAGAGAUAGUUGCUAUGGGAAGAACCAGCGAGAAAGACGGACCACCUCUGACUGUCGCAUUUUUGUUGUGCCGGUGCAUGCAAUAUUCUUCUACAUGUCUUCACAGCUCCGACCUGCGCAGGCUGCUGUUGCUCAUUGCAAACAGAGUUCAGAGUGCCGUGUGGGAGGACACGAAGUGCCUAGCUGUGGUUCAAUCUGAAGUCAGUGAAGGCUCAAACCCAGAGGACCUCCAGGCUCUCGGCCAGCCCGAGGCGAUAUUGGGACUGCGCCCCCUGGCGGUGUGGAUGUCGAACAGUCUGGAGCUUCUGCAGUUCAUCCAGUGCCAGCUGCCUCUUAUUCUGAAGUGGAGAACCCGCAAAGAGAAAGGACAGGAAGUAGAGGAGGGAGGAAUGGAAAAUGACCAGAACAAGGGGAGGGAGAACUUGGCCCUGUUGGCGUUGCGUCUGUCCUCUGUCCGUACUGCCAGUGAGGAGACGAUGGCUGUCCUGGAGGACGUCAUCAUGCUCGCCUUCCAGCAGUGUGUGUACUACAUCACCAAGAUUCUCUACCCUGUCCUGCCAGCCCUUCUGGAUUCCAACCCGUUUAGGGAGAGUCCUGACCUGGUGGCCACCGCCGGAAUUGUUCAGGUCCCGGGUAGCGGCCUCCGGGUGCCCGGUGAGAUUCAGCAUCUUGCGGAUGUUCUGACCGAAACCUGGAGACUGCUGCGGGACUGUCAGCUCCCCCCAGAGAUUUCCUCACAGCUCGUCGGCUACCUCUUCUACUUCAUCAACGCGUCACUCUUCAACUUGCUCAUGGAGAGAGGAUCUGAGCCCGGUUUCUACCAGUGGGCCAGAGGGGUACGCAUGCGGGCUAAUCUUGACUUGCUCCUGGACUGGGCUCACGCAGCUGGACUGGGAGAACUGGCCUCAGAGCACACACACACGCUCUCGUCAGCUAUUAAUCUGCUGGCCACACCGAGAAAGAAUUUACUGCAGACCUCAUGGGUGUCCUUGCGGUCUGAAUACCCUGCCUUGAGUCCGGCCCAGUUGAACCACUUGUUGAGUCUUUACAGCCCAGCAUCUCCCAGCAUCUGCAGACACACCUGGACUCCAUCUGUUCAAGACCGGGCCGCAGCAAACCAAACUGCUGAUAUCCUGGAGAGUUUCGACACCCACCAUCCUCUGGUGCUGCCGGAUGAGGGUUACCACUUCCUACUGGGCAGGCAGAUAACAGAUGUAUCCCUGAGGGAACAGCUGGAUAAGCUCAAAGAGUACAUGGCCUUUUCUGACUUGCAAUCAGACAAGGUUGCAGCAACUGAAGAGGGUGGUGUCUGUGACCGGUCCCCUUCCACUACCUCUGGUGCCUUGCCUCCAUCGGCCUCACCGCCUUCCUCUCCCUCAUCCACCCAAAAUCCGGACCAGUUCACCUCCUGCGAUGUCCUCCUUUUGUCUCGCAAGCUGAUAGAUCUGGAGUUAGAGGGCAGAGAGGCUGGCGAUGCCAACAGGUCUGCUCAGGACCCCUCAUGUCUCCUCACCCCGCCCAACAAUCCGCGCCACGUAGAUCCUGUUGAGAAAUGGAUGAAGGGUGACAGUGAAACCCUUCCCUGGUCCUCCAGUGUGAACGCACACGAUGAAGGAGGAUUAGUGUUUGAAUGUCUCGCUGCACUGGAAGUAGACUGCUCCAAGUUAGACUCCCACAGCGUGAAGAGGUUUGUCAACUUGAAAGAGGAGGAGGAAGAGGUGGAAGAGGUAGAGGAGGCGGGUGACCAUCACAAUGACAGUAAUGAUGAGGUUUUUAGCCUGGAGCUGGAGCGAGGUGAACAAGGACUUGGUCUUACCCUGGUUGACACAAGGGACUCUUCCACCAGGGCGAAAGGCGUCUUUGUACGCGCGGUAGUCCCGGACUCCCCUGCAGCCCGAUGCGCGAGGCUGGUGCCAGGAGACCGGAUCCUGGCCGUUAACGGAGUCAGUCUGCUGGGACUGGACUUCCUUAGUGGAAAGGAGCUGAUCCAGUCAUCGGGGGACAGCCUGAGGUUACUGGUGGCCCGAUCUGAUUGGAUGGCCGCCACCAUUCGGACCGACUGCUGACGGCUUCUGUUCACCAAGACUGCAGACGCACUACGAGCGCACUUACAGAUGACUCUUCAACCUUCAAGCUCAGGACAUGGACAAGGAUAUGUGAUUGUGAAAAUCUUCUUUUGUCUUUUUAAUGAACUAUCAAAUGAGCUACUUCGUGGUUAAACUGAGCACCAAGUUUUUAGCUGCUCUUUUAGUUGCUCAGAGGUGCCUAUGCAACUCGUUCAUUUACAUGCUGAUAUAGUGAAAGUAACUAUUAAUGUGCAUGUUAACAUGUGUUUGGUGAGUUUGGUGACAUUACUGCUGCUUAUUUAUGGUCUAGCCCUCAUUUUAGGCAGUAGAAGACUCCUGUGGAGGAGUGUGUACAUCAAGAUCAAAUUAAUUGAGUUCAGGUCAAGUCCAAGACCAGUUCCAGCUCGCUAUUACAGAUGUGUUCAACACCAGCAAUGUCAACAACAAGCACCAACUCACGUGUAAUAUUUUUCAAUUUUUGUUUUUUUCAAUUCUUGAUUUUUAAUCUGGAUGAAGCAAUUUGAUGGCUUAUAGUUAUACUUGCUGUUGCUAAAUGAACCAUAAAAAAAUAUAUUGUCACGGUUGGCUCAUAGGUCACAGUGAAUGAGUACACCACAUUUCAUAGUUUAUAAUUUUUAAUUUCCUAUGGGGUCAUUUGUCUGAUGCUGUUUCAGAAAUACAUGUAUUAAUCCUCCA